AUGUUGCUUGUAAGCAGCGCAAUAGUAAUCCUCAUCUCUCCACUGUUGAUGGCGCACUUACCAAUAAACUGGAGCCUCGCAAAUAAUUUGAGCAUCAACAUCACCGAAAUUAUAAACAAAAUUCAAGUGGAGCGGAAAAUCUACUCUUUCCUUAUUAUCAACGCCCACGACUCAAGUCAGAGUUGUCUUUGUGACGAUUCCAUUCGAAUGCUCAGCGCUUAUGGCACUGUUAGACUACUGCAAGCCAAUAGCUCUUGUGCGUACUCGCCCAGCCACUCCAAUGAUGAAAUUCUAUUGAUUCGUUGUUUACCGAAUAGAUUUGUGUCAGAUUCGUUAGAGAAAAUGGUCGGUUGUCUCACAAACAGACGUUAUAUCCGCAUUCUCUUCAUCUGGAAUACCGAAUACAAGACUGCAGUGAUAGAAAACCGUGAAGAGCUCCAACAACAGCAACAACUACUUUUCGAAUACUGCGCCCAAAUGCGUUUAUUGAACGUGAUCAGUAUUUACAGAGACUACGUGGACGACGGACACUUCUAUACUUUCAGCUAUUUUCCUCAGUUUCAUUUAGAACGCAAAACACUGGAUGAAGAUUGCUUUCCCGAUCGCAUAAGAAACUUGAGGGGUGCUGCCAUACGUACUAUAGUCGAUGAAGUCGAACCAUGGAAUAUUGUGUGGCGUGAUCGGUAUGGACAAGUGCAGAUCGGCGGAUUUCUCACAAAACUUCUACGAGAGUUCGCUAAGCGAAACAACGGUACACUCUCUUAUCCGAGUCCAGUGAACCCGGACAAUUUAGUCAAUAUAAUUAUUUGGGAACCUUUACUAAGUAAUGAUACCAUCGACAUGGUGACUGGAAUUUUGCCUGCAGACAUAAAGUCAGCUGGUUUUGAAGUAUCGACACCAUUAAUGCCAAUAGAUUGGACUAUUAUGGUACCUUUUCCACCACUGGUACCCAAUAGCGAAGUACUUUUAUUUCUGCUCAAUUCUGUGUUGGGACUAUUUCUCCUGUUACUACUCCUCAUCUUCUCAUUCGUUCUUACCUUGGAAAGUUUACUUUGGCGGCGACGUUCUCCAACAAGCAGUUUACGUUUCUUCAUUUGGAUAUUCACCAAUGUUGUGCUCCGUAGUAUAAUUGGACAGCCCUCGUGCUCGGUCGUCCACGUCAAGGCGAAAUUCACAAAACGUUUUAUUUACAUUUGUCUGUUGCUCAGUGGCAUUUUCAUGAGUACUUAUAUAACUGCGGGCCUUAAUUCGUAUAUAACCAAGAACCCACAUCAAUAUUCCCCUGCAUUAACUUUCGACGAACUUUACCAUUUAGGAAUAAAAAUUAAAGUAAAUCAUUAUGUUUAUGAUUCUCUACAUUUCUACAUCGAUCCACAAGUCGUAGAGAAAAAUUUCUUACUUGAUUCAAUUAGUGAAGCGCAGCGCCAACGUGCAUCCUUAGAUCCGCGAUUUGGUUACUCUGUAAUCAGUCCAUAUUGGUCGGUGUUGUCAAGACAUCAAUCGUAUUUACCGCGACCACUUUUCUACGUGAGCGAACAGAUGUAUUUAAGAAGAACUAUUCCAACAACGAUACCAUUACAGGCUCACUCUAUCUUUAAAGAAGCGCUCAACAAUAUGAUCCACCAGGUAAAUAGCGAUGGAUUAUCUGAUUUAUGGAUACGUGAGGCCUAUGAUGACAUGCGGGCGGCGAAGAAAAUUAAUAUGACUGAAAAGAAGUCCGUUGAAUUUAAACCGCUCUGUUUGGAGGAUUUGUAUGGCCUGUGGUGGAUAUUUGGGCUUGGCUGUGAUGUAGUCAGUUUACCCGCACUUUCACCGCUGAGUGGAUUGGCUGGCUUAUGCUCUUUCUUGGCGUUUGGGUCUUCUCCUUGCCUGCUCGCUGUACCGAAGCUGCUGGUGUGCACUGCUCGCAAUAUGUAG